AUGGAUCUGCGUGCUCGACAAUAUUUAUCAAAAGCUCAAGAGAAAACAGAUCCUGUGUCUCUGAGGAAGGCAUAUGAUCUGAUCAGAGUUUCAGUUCAGUCUGUGUCUGAUGGCAGAUCAGUUCUGUCUGAACUCUGUGUGCUGUGUGCAGAACAGUCUCUACAGUUGGGCUGUCGUGAAAUCGCACAGGACUGUCUAAUGAUGUAUUUCGAAGGGAGACCUCCAGCAAAUCAGUUCCUGUGUCGUGCGUAUCUAUGCCAGGCGCAGCUCAUCUCUCCGUACGCCAUUACCACAGCGGAGGACUUGGAUAAAGCUGUGAUGUAUUAUCUGAAGGCCAUUGAGAUUGCUAAAGAGAAGCCCAGAUACCAUUUCUUGGUGUUCAACGCAUCGCUGUUGUACCUCCAGAGUGUCAGGAUGUUCCUCAGGUCUGGUCAACGUCAGCUUCUGGUGUCUUCUCUCACAAAGGUGCUCAAUGCUCUAGAGGAGGUUCAGGAUGCUGAUCACACAUGGAGAGCUGAACUCAUGCUACACCUGGUUGAAUGUCUGCUCGAUGCCGGGCAGGUGAAGGAAGCAGCCAGUUUGUCAAAGGUCGCCUCCGAUUUUAUAGAGUCUCAUAAACUAGAGCUUCAUCCCAGGCUUUUCUCUAUACAGGUUCGACACAACCUCAUAGAUGUUUCUGAAAUGUUGAAUGAAGGAAAUCCCAAACUGAUUGUGACCUAUAAGAUUCAGAAGCUUAAACAUAUGGUUGAGGUUAAUAAAAGAAGAGAUGAUUUGGCCACACUAAAGGAGAUUUUUCUGCUGCUGACCCAGUCAUCAGAACCCCAAGAACCCAACACCCAAAGCUCCGGUUCCCCGUCCAACAUUGACAACUCUACUCCUCAACCCGAAGCGAAAAGCCGAAGCUCUAGUGGUCCCCCUAAUAUCCCUGGCUCUAGCCUCACACUUGAUAUUGAGAGCUCUAAUUCUCCUCAAAACACCCAGAACUUCAGUUCUUCACCCAGUACCCCUGACUCUGGCCCUCCGCCUGAUAUUAACAGCUCAAAUGAUCCGCAAAACACCCAGAGCUCCAGUCCUCCACCCAACACUGACAGUUCUAGUCCUGUUCUGGAUCACAGCUCUUCCAUGCCUCUGAGUGACAGGAGGAUUGUGUUGUUGUUGGAGUUGGCGUUCCUCUCGCUGCAGUUACAGCAACACCAGCUGGCAUCCGACUGCCUGAAGGAGCUCAGAGCUGCAAAUGUCACCGUCGGUCAGCGCAUAAUGAUGGAGUGUGUGCAGUGUGAGCUCGACCUUCAUAAGCAGAGAGACAGAAUUGAGAAUUACUCCAGAUCCAGUGUGGUGCUCCAGUUGAGUGUAAUCGGCCGGUUGGAUGUGUUACUGCAGACGGCACUGAAGCACGGAGACUCUCGGGUGACUCAAGCGGUCUGUGCGUCUCAGUGGAACACCUGUAUGCCUCUCCUGCAACACAACCUCAAAAAGAGAAUCCAAAAACCUCUCCUAAACAUCUCACGAGCGCUGGAGAGCACAGACAGUAUGCUGGUGGAUGUGUUGUGUCAAGUUCACGCUGAGCUGGCCGUUAUUGAAGAAGAGGAUGAAAAGCUGGAGAGCGCCAUGAAACAUCUUCGGAAAGCUCUUGAGCUGGAUCAGAGGGGACAUCACUGCCAGCAUCUGUCCUCGUCUUUACACCUCCUGCAGCUGCGCUCUUCUCCCCACUGCACACCUGCACGCCUGGAGGACCGCGCUGCCAAACUCAUACAACAGGCUAAGGAGGACAAAGGCCAUGAGACUAUGAAAAAGCGGCGCCCCCUGCUGGUUAGUGCUGGAAUCACACUGGCACCUGAUGCGUUCCAGGUGGUCUUAGAUGCCGACAGUAAAAUGGAAGUUUCUUCUAGUAGUGAAGCACAAGGACGUCUGGCACACCUCGCUGCUAAAGCCCAACAACAUGCCAGCUGCGUUCAGAAGGUCAAAGGUCAUUUGACUGGACUUGACAAGAACACCGAUGACGGAGAGAGGGUGAAAUUAUGGGCGUCACUGGCCAAGAUCGCCCGAAAACAAGAGGUUUUUGAUGUAUGUCGGGCAGCCUGUCGCUUUUGCCUGCUUUACGAUGAUGGACGAUGGACAAACCGAGGUGACCAUAAGAAUGGGGCGAGUCCAGUGCAGAGAAACCAGAAAGAGCAGAACACAAAUGGAGAACUGUUACGUCUGCUAGCUGAGGUCCAUUUCAUCAAUGCUGAGGUAACCAUCCUUAAACUGCGCUCUGAGGGGGUGGAGCUGAAUGGCUCUGCUGUACCACCUGAUGAAAGAGUGACACUCUCACCUGAGGACGAUGCCCACUGGAACCUGUACAGUGACUGGAUCAAAGAUUUGUCAGUUUAUGUCACAGUUAGCUUCCUGCGAGGGGCGGAGCUUGGGGCGGAGCUUGGUGAAGCGUGGUUGGUGGCUAACGCGGCUGUUUAUCUGUGGAACUACAACAGCUGGCUGCUGGCCACUAGAGGACAUCGACUUCUGCUGCCCACAUUCAGCCGCUUGCUAGAACUCCUCAGGCAGACUGGGCAUGCUGGUGAGGUGGUUCUUGUGGUCAUGCUGUGUGACGCUGUGGCUCAGGGACUCAUCCAGCCCUGGUGUCAGACAUCAGUGAGAUCCGAUCAGGAGUCACAGGACAAAGAGAAGGUGCAGCUGCCAGCUGACAAGACGAAGAAAGCACGGGGAAAACCUGCAGAGAAAUCGGGCUCUUCUCACGGCCUGCCGUUUGACUCUGCUGCAGUGCAGGACAUGAGGAAAGCUCUGGAGGUGUGUGUGUACGCUCUACAUCUGUCCAAUGGGAACACAGAGCCGGUACCCAUCAUAGUGAGGAAGCAGCUGAUCAGCACUUGGGUCUCAAUUAAACAACUGCUUCAACAGCAGAUCGGACUGAAACUGGACAUAAACGAUGAGGGUAACAAUGAGGCAGUGACUUCGAUGUCCCGUGUGCUGGUUGCAGUGGAGAUGCUACAGUGUAACAGUAACUCCAGAAUGAUGGAGUUCACACUGCCUAGUCUAACUGUGUUGGCGCAGAUGGCAGGGGGCUGUCAGUGGACCGACUCUGUUGUGGAGUUGUAUGUAUGGACUCAGCUCGCUCUUUUCGCUCAUCAGACACAUGAUCACGACCUCAUCAUGUCUUGUACCCAUAACGCACUGCGGCUGGAGCAGAACGCAACUCACCAAGUAAAGACGACAGCUCAAACUCUGUUCAGUGUGUGUUCAGUUCAGGAGAUGCUGAGCAGAACUGCGUGUGUCAGAGGUCAGAGUUUGAUUCAUAAGGCCAAAGGUCAUCACAGCAGUUAUAUGGAGGGUCUCCACAUGCUGCAGUCCAGUGUCAGUUAUGCAGAGCAGGCAGACAGCUGGUCUCUGUGUGUGACUGCAGCUGGUCAAUACUGGAACGCCUGUCUGCCUCUAUUGGAUGUGAGACAGGUCAGACGACUGCUCAGAGAACCACUGGAGCUCAUCCUGAAGGCCAUGAGCCGAACAUACUCCAAACAAACUCCUGGAAAAAGGAAACGCGUUUCUGGAGUGAAGGAUACUGGACCUUUGACGGAAGCUUUGAAUUCUACAAAUGCUGGUACUCUCGAUGAUGAUCUAAAGUUGUGGGCAUCCAUGUAUAAUGUGCUGCUGUACAUUCAUACAGACAGUAGUGACUGGAAGAAAGGUCUACAGGUGCUGGAUGAGGCUGUGAGAGAGAUGCCGCGCUCCACACAUAAACUGCUUGUGUUGAAGCAGCGUGUUCUGGUUAAAGCGCGUUUGGGUGAAAGUGUUGAUGUGGACAUGCAGCGGAUCAGUGAUGAGGACGAGCUCGUCUGCUCUCGUAUGUGGCAGCGUGCGGCACGCUGUGCUAACAACAAACCGCAACAGCUGACCUGCUAUCAGAACGCCAUAACAACACUACUGGAUUCUGCCAGUGUUUGGCUGAAGGUGGACUUCCUCCUGGAGUUCGGAGAGUGGCUGUAUUUCACUCAUUUCCCUGUAAUUGACGCUCGGCUGCAGAUCGAGUGUGCGGUAGACAUCCUGCUCUUCACCAGUGCAGACACACAGCAGAGCGCUGAGGUUUCCGUAGAGACUGGUGGUGUGACACCGGUGGAGCAUCCACUCGGACCAGGUGUGUCAGGUGUGAAGUUUGAGGUGUGUUUGUCUGAUGUGAGGGAGAUCGGCCGUUUAGAGCGUUUGUUCAGGGCUCACACACUGCUGGCACUAUUGGAGGAUAGAACUUCACCCAAACACCAGCAGCACCUGCUCACGGCCUACAGCUUCACACUACACAUCUGGAAGGUAUCUUUAGAAACUGCACAGGAAGUUACGAAAGAGAUGUUGAGUAGUCGUUCAGCAGCUGAUCAGCCUGUGUGCUCGUCCAGCUCCAGAAAAGACAAACAGAGACCAGAUGACAAGAACGUUAAACAGGUGAAAACCUCUCCAGUUGAGGAGAAACCCAGAGGAAAAGCUCCAGAAAUAUCUCUUCCCAUCAGCCCAGAGCAGUGGGCGCAGUUUGAGUGUCCAGAAGAAAUCCGACAGGCGUUCGGUUACAACACCAGCCCGUACGGCAUCAGCAGCACGACCCUCAGUUUGCAGAGUCGCACUCUGUUUUAUUUGGAUGUGUUGGUGAGAGAGUUGGAAUCUGUCUCAUUGAUACCGUUGACCUUUGCCCCUCUCCACUUGGCGGAGGUCAUCGCCCAUGACCUCAUUGAGAGCAAGAGUCACUCUGACCUCUACCGCCUCAGAAUCAUCAGGAACUGUCGUGAUCUUGGGUUUGAGUCUUUAUCUCCAUACAGUGAACAGCUGCUGAGUUUGACCCUCAUUUCUGAGGACGAGCUAAUGCGGUGCCACAAAGCCAUAAUUUCUCAGAGAAACAGAUCUGAGAUACAUGAGAAAUCAUUCUCAGAAGGUGAUUGGAGUAGAACGCCACUGACGAUUCGCAGCACUCUUGAUCUGUGGUUGGAGAAAGCUGAUGUGUGUCUCAGUUUGAGUCUGUAUCAGUCUGCCAGAGUCCUGCUGACUCAAGCUCACCUGUCGGCCAAGGAACUUGGUGAUCAGACAUCAUUGGCUAAGAGCUUACACCUUCUGGCCGUUCUGGCCAAUCAGGAGAAGCGGUCCGGUCAGGCUCUGGUUCUGUUGCAGCAGGCGCAGGAGAUCGGUGGAGAUGAGCAGUUCUGGUAUCUGCUGGUUCAGACGCUGCUCACAGCUGUAGUGGAACAGAGACAAGACGACGCUUAUGAACAGGUGUGUGAGAUUACGCAACAGGCCUGUAGAUCCCUCACAUCAGUUGUAGAGCAGAGACUGAACCGAGCUCUGGUCCUGCGCUUCUUCAGAGCGUCACUGGAGAGCAGGGCGGCAGUUUUACUUCAGCGUGUGUUGAAUCCUGACGGUCGCAGCUGCGGGGUGACUGACGCAUCUGUAGAGAUGUUUGCAUCAGUGUGCAACAUGCUCAAACAUGCUGCAUCUGAACUGCUGCUGCUGGGAUACAGGACACAUGCUGCGGAGGCCACGCUAACACACGCCAACACACUGAGAAUCUUGGCUGUUCGUACUGCGAGUGAAGAGGAGAAACAGCGGCACCUUCUGGAUGCGCUCUAUCUCCUGCAGAAGGCUGUUUCUAUACAGGAGGAUGUUGUGACGGAUGUUAUGAAUGUUCUGCCACCUCAUGAGUCCAGUUGGCAUGGCCUCCCUGUGGUGCGUGUGUGUGUGCGUCUGAGACUGGCCCUAGCUGAUCUGGCUCUGCUGAUGUUGGAGAUCCAGUGUGCAGAGGAGCAAAGAAGAACCAUCGCUCGAGAGAGGAAGUCUUCAGUGGAGAGAGCUGUGGAGGAGUUCAUGAGGAGCACCACUGAUCUGAGUGAUCAAGAGAGGGAGUGGUGUGAUGUAGGCCGGUCUCUGGGUCAGACUGUUUUGACUCACCUCACCGCUGUCAAUUCUCUCUCGCUGGACUGUGAGGAGACCAGGGCUCAAUCACUCGGCAUGAUGGGAAGGUGCUUGAGAAUUUUAGCUCAGCAGAGAGAUCCGCUGUACCCGUCCACACUGUGGGACGAACCAAUCAAGGAUGAAGAGGAGAUGCAGAGAAAAGAAGAAGAGGAAGAAGAAUGCAGCACAAAUCCAGAGAGAAAUGAAACGGAGACAAAACAAUAUGAUGGCAAAUGUACAGAGCUGCAGAAUGGCAGGAGAGCAGCACAGCGUCUGUUUGCUCAGGCCAGUGAAACACUCGUUCAGUCUGUGAGUCUGUGUCUACAGCACGAUCUUCCUCAUCUUCUUCCUCACGUGUGCUCAGAUCUGCUCGAGUGCCACGGACAGUUUGAACCCAGCGCCAGCGGGCAGUACCUUGCCCUGCUCCAGAGCGGCGUGGUCUGUGUUGACAUGUCCAGCGUGCUGCAUGCGGUCUGCAGCGGUGUCAGUGAGUCGCAGCUGUGUGCCCUGAUGAACCUGCGGAGGAACCUGCUGUCUGCACACGCUCACCGACCAAACGCACUGCUGACCGCAGUGAACCGAGAGCUCAUCGCUCUCUCAAAGGCCUGCGGUCACCUGACCAUAAACCCAAAUCACCUGAGAAUUCUGGGAGAAAUACCAUCUAACUUCAAGAUCCUGCUGCUACAACACUCAAAUGAAGGUUGUGUGCUGUAUGCAGGUAUAUAUGAGCAGGUGAAAGCGGCAGAGACUCAGAGAGGGAAGAGCUCCACAGAUGGUCUGAUCUGCUCUAAAGUGGUCAAGAGCUAUGUUCAACACUCAGAUCUUCUGCAGCUCCACAAACACCUGCAAGAUUUCAAACGUCUGAACGCAAAGACACGCCUGAAAGAGUCGCGCCACCGUGACAGUGAGAUCUGCAAACAGGCGGAAUGUAAAGAUGAAGAGCUGGACUCUGUUUUCAGAACUCUGGUUGAGCAAAUGGAGAAUUACCUGCAUCCUGUUCUCUCACAGCUUGACUUUUCAUGCUUUAGCUCGCGCACUCCGUCCAUCUCCACCUCCUCAUCAGCUCGUGCCAAAGACAAGGACGAUAAAACUGCUAAUAAACCUCUGCCCGAUGCUGGUGUGUGUGUGGUGAUUUUAGCUGACAGGUUGCUGUUGGAGCUUCCGUUAGAAGCGUUGUCUGUUCUCCAGGCGAAUGGUAUCACCUCAGUGUCGCGAGAUUUCUCUCUGCAGGUUCUUCAUGCACGUCUGCAGAUGGAUGAAGCAGUUGAAAGUGACAAUAAAAAGGAAGCCAAAGGUGUCCGAGCAGUGAAGGGGAAAGGUGAUCAAAGUCGGAGCAUCAAAGUGGUACCCGUCAAUCGAGUUCUGCCCGCGCACACCAUCCCAGUGGACAAACACAAGUUCAGAUAUAUUGUAAAUGAACAGGAGGGCGAUGAUGGAAAAAAUUCUGAGUGGAGCAGCCCAGCGGAGAUCAUGAGGAGGAUCCUCGACACAUACAAGACACAAUUUACACCUCUGUGGGAAGGAUUCAUGGGUGACGAGCGCACACACAGUCUUGCGGAUCUCGAGCAGAUGCUGAUCUCCUGUGGCUCUUUCAUCUACUCUGGGACCAAGAACUUCCUCUCCUGCGUUCCUCCUUCCAAACUGGCCACCCUCAACAUGUCCGGAUGUCAGAUGGUUUUUCUCUUUGACUGCGGUCACAAAAGCAUCCUGGAAAAGAGUAAUUCACAGUGGCCAUUAGAACAUUCGGUCGGGUCAGCAUAUCUGUUCACUCUCAGCGGUGUUCAUUCUGUUUCGCUCAACCAAUGGCACAGCAGCGCCACAGCCAACGCGCAAAACAUGCAUUCACUCAUGGAGAAUCUUCUGAAAGUAGGACUGACAUCGGGACAGUCGGUUCGUGCUUUGCAGACACGUACAUCAGAAAACAAAGACCUCAGUGGAAAACCAUCCAUCCUGACAGUGGACGAGAUUUUACCUGAGGACUGUGAUAAAAUCCAGAGAAAAUCACCUCUGAGCCUGACUGCUUUAAAUUUUGUUAUUUAUGGACUUCCUAAUUUAGUGGUUACAUGAACAUCUAGAUGUAGAUUUGAUUUAACACAUUUCAGAUAGCAUUGCUUACAAUUAAAUAAUAGUUGCAUGGCCUCUGGUGACAAACUCUA